AUGUCCAGUCAGAUUGCUACCACCAGUGGAAUCCCUGGUCAGCUAAGUAACUUUGGAAUUGUUUCCGGCUCUGCUGCGUCCGACUCAUACGGCCCUCAGGCCAUUAACGAUGUUCUCAUGAUUUCUCCUGGUAACCAAACUGCCCAGUCGGUUCACAUCGCCACUCUAGCAGUGUGCAACGUCCUUAUUGGCAUUGUCGUGUUGAUGGGCUGUGUGGGGAACGGGGCUGUUAUUGUCCAGGUGAUAACAAACUGUAACGCUCGUUACGGGUUUGCACCUCUCAUCCUAAACCUUGCUGUUUCCGACUUUCUUAUCUGCUCAUGUCUCUCUCCAGUCUUUCUCAUUUUCCUCUUCCGUUCGCCACCCACCCCCAACAUUUUCUGCGGACUAUUCAUCUUCAUGGGGACGAUAUGCACAUUGUCCUCUCUACUAACAAUGACAGCGAUAGCUCUGCAUCGAUAUAGACUCAUGUCCAGUUCGGCUGGUCAGCGUUAUCUCAGCAUCCCUAUUUCGCUGCUGACCUUGGCCUUCAUCUGGGCAUUGGGCUUCUCUGUAGCCCUGGCCGGAAUCUUAUACGUCAGCAGUAACUGGAACGACCCUUUCCAAAAAUGUGAGCUAAUAAAAGUGACGAACAACGAACGUGGCGACCUUUCUGAUUUUGCUAUCUCCUUUCUAGCUCCCGUAUGUGCAUUGGGAUUCAUCUGCACAGCAACCUCUUGUCUUGUUAUGUUAUGGGUCGCUCGACUCCCCACCUGUUGGAAAAAUGCUUGCGAGUUCUACAAUGCAGAAGCAUCAAAGUCUGAUCAAAAACCGAAAAUAUCAGAGGUCAUUUCGAAUAGUUUCAAACAGCUGAUUGGUUGUUUUUCUAUGGUUGACAAGGAAACUAGAAUAUUGUAUUUGGUUGCGAUCUUAGUAGCAUCCUUCUGUUGGGCCCCUAUUUUGAUUGCCCACAUCCUUACCCUAUCCACAGGCGAGUCUCUGGUCCUGUACCAGCUGAAACUUUGUGGUAUUGCUCUUGUCUUUUUGAACAGUGCUCUCCAUCCAUACAUUUACACGGAGCAUGGUUGGAGACUUAAACAUCGAUACAGGGUUUGCUUACACGCGGCUUUUGACUGUCACCGAAUGUCACCGGCUGACCAAUGGUCAUUAGGCGGUGUUGUAGCAGCGAACGGUACAAACGCAACAGGCCCAACCGUUCAGCAGCCGUCAGUUGUGUCCGUGGGAACGGUUAAUGAUGAUCUUGACACGAUCAGUCUGGACACUGCUAUUCGGACCAUGACGACAAUGACAGUUACCGGUGGUGUUGUAGAAACAAGGAUUUGCGACUGUAACAAAAACGUUAUAUGUAACAGGAGUCACGGAGAUCUUACUGUCAACGCAAGCAUUAACAAAAAUAUUGUUAAUGACGGCGAUCAAAAUAGUAACGAAUUGGAUGCUGCGUUUGCCGUCGAGAUCGAAGAUAACGACACACUUGAUAGCGGUAUCGAUCGGGACGCACUAAGUGAGGUCGAAGAUAUCGAUAAUGAGGUUGACGGCUCAGGCGAUUCGACUAACAAACAGAGUUCUACUAAUCGACAAAUAUUCGUGACCAAGAAGAGCGACGAGGAUGAACUGCAGAAUUAUGUGGGGUCGCUUGAUAGCCUCAUCCUGACCGACGGUUCGUCAGAAUCUUCGUUAUAUUGCGCUGAUGCGGCCGAAAACCUUACCGUUGCUCUGCCUCCACGAAAUUCAACCCCUACAGUGCCAGCGACGGUAUCCGUUGGGAGCCGUAGAAAAUCAGGUGGCGCCAUCAUCGCUAGACAUUCGCCCUUGUCAUCCUGGUCGGCCGCGCCGCUCCACCGCCAUCCACCAGCCCCGCCCACCUCUCCGACACAACAAAGACAUCUGUACCAUUAUCACCAUCUCCACCAUCAUCAUCAUGUGAUAUUAUUUCCUAACAAUGGUGACUGUGUUGGAGCGGCCGACACUGCUACCCUUCAUCGACAGUCUUGCCACGCGGCCGGUUGUCGGGAGUACGAACCUGUGAAAAAAGACGCAGAGGUGAAGGAGGAAGAGCAGCAGCAGCAACUUCAAGAAGAUGUAAAAUCUGAGGUAACAAAAGAAAAUAAAACUUUCUGUGGCCACCGAAACUGUGAUGAAGCUUUUCGACAAGAGGUGGCCGUUGCCUCAGCUUCAGGCAACAAAGCUGCUGAAGUUCUUCUUCGGCUUCUGAAUAUCGGAGAAAGGUCCUCGUCUUCAUCACCGGCUUCACAUCCAUCAUCAUCUAUCCAACCACCCCGAUCGUCUCCCCCACACCGGAUCGCUUCCCGCUCCCCUCCACCUUGCACUUGUCCAUCUCGGUUGACUUCUCCAUUAUCGGCUGCAGUUAUCAAUGACCCAGAGGAAGACUGCCCGGCCCAGACACCGCUCAUUUCUUAUUGUGCCCAACACCGUGAUCACUCACAGGAAGGUCCCCACUCUACGGUACACCAUAUAAAAGGGUCGGAAUACUGGUACCCGAGUCAUGAUGACGGCGUUUUUGUUACUGAACACUCUUACCCGGAUCCUCAACACUCGGUCCUCCAACCAAAUCAAACUCCUUAUCAUCAAGAGCAAUGUAAAUUCUACCCACAAAAACAAACAUACACUUAUAGCCAUCACAAAGCACCCCACGAACAUACGCAAACAGAGUUACCCUCACGACAAAAAACUCACAAGCACAAUCGAAGCAGACCAAACCGGUAG